UAUUGUGUAAUACAAUGUAUUAUAUAUAUUAGCUGUCUUUUGUCUGUAAAGUUUUUAGAUUUGUUUCCUCAAAAUUACCAUUACUAAGUGGACCUAUCAUUUAGAUUUUCCUAUAUAACUUGUAAACUUUGACUAUUUUUUUUCCUUUUUUGCAUAUACAAUUUUAAAACUUAUUAUUGAUAUUUAUGAGUUAGUUAUGCAAUUAUUGUUUUCCAUACAUAACAUAGGAACUAUUUUGUAUUUUUCUUAUGUAAGUUUUCUAUAUAAAUCAUGUGCAAGAAAUUUAGUUUUCAACUUAUACUUACAAAAGAAAAACUAGAGAAAAAAUGGUUUCAAGAAAUAACAAAAACAACAUUGAGCGAAAGGAAAGGAGGAUUCCAACAUCAUCCAAGGACCGUAGCAAUCGUAUCCGGCUUCCAGUGAGCUGUGCCUCCCAAAUUUUCCAGUUGACACAAGAACUAGGGUUCAAAACUGACGGUGAAACCGUCGGUUGGCUCCUUCGUAAUGCUGAGCCAGCCAUCUUCGCUGCCACGGGCCACAGUGUGAACACCACCUCGAAUGAAACCUCCAAUGAAUUCAUCCACUCAUAUAUGAAUAUGGGUAAUCAUAACAAUUACCAUUUUACAGACACAAGUGGUGUUGUUUAUCAUAACAAUUACAACGUUACUAUUGAUAACUCUAUCCAUUAUGCGGACACAAGUGGUGUUGUCAGCCAUCAGCGAGAGAAUAUUACUGGUCAUCAUGGACUGGUAUUCCCGACGGCUGCAAUGACCGAGUAUGGUCCUUCAACUAGUUUUCCGGCGAAGGAUAUGAGGGAAAAUGGGCACUUGAUGGUUAAUCAUAACAGCCGCCCUGUUAUGCUACGACCAUCAAUGCCUCAACAGCAACCCCAGCCGCAACCACUGUUUGAUGAGUUUAAUAAGGUGGAGAUGGGGAAUUCUAAGCAAGCCAUGUCUCCUCACAAGACUAAUGAUAGGCGUUAGAGAUGUCUCUAUAUUCAACUAUAUUUGGUUUGAUUUUGGUUGUUAUUUGCGUUUUUGUUUCUUAAUG